CAACCAGUCUAGGCUGGUUUAAGCUGGAUUUUUCAGCAGAAAAACCUGGCUUCAUGACGGACAACGACAGGUAUGAUUGCAUUUCCCCUAAUAUCAUUAUUAUGAAGCAUGCGCACCACUGAAGUGCUUUCUCUGUACUAGUAAAACAGACAAAAAAGUGAAAAAUAAAGGGCGUUUCGACCACAAAUAUGCGUCUUAUGACUUUCUUUUCCGCAAAAAUAGGAAAUGAAAGUGAAACCAUUUCGUGUUUCAUUCCCCGAGGUGUGGCGCACGACUGUGGUUUCCUCACUGCAUCUGAAUCAUUGUUUCUGACUCUUCACGCAUGAUCAGGCUUCAUGAAUACUAAGUGAGUCAUGGAAGACAAUCAGACAUUCAGUGAUGCUCCAGUUUGCAGUAAUGAAUCAAACCCAGAGUUUGAGCCCAGCUGUGUGUCCAUGAAGAGCGACCAGUCAAUGGAUCCACCAAUGAAGUUUAAGGAAGGACACACAUCAGCUGAUCUGAGUGACAGAUUAAAUCCACCAGGGUCCAGCUGUGUGUCCAUGAAGAGCGACUGGUCAAUGGAUCGACCAAUACAGUUUAAAGAAGAACACUCAUCAGCUGAUCUGAGUAAUAAAUCAAACCCUGGGGAGCCCAGCUGUGUGUCCUCGAAGAGUGACCAGUCUAUGGGUCCACCAAUAAAUGUUAUGGAGGAACACUCAGCAGCUGAUCUGAGGCUUGACCCGCAUCUGAAACAAAAUGGACUCAGAUCAAAUCUAUUGAGGAAGUUCCAGUGUCUUUAUGAAGGAACAGCGAUGCAGGGAGACCCAACACUCCUGAAUGAGAUCUACACAGAGCUCUACAUCACAGAGAGUGACAGCGGAGAGAUCAAUAAUAAACAUGAGCUGAGACAGAUUGAGACACGAUCCAGGAGAUCAGCAACAGAGGACACACCGAUCCAAUGCAGAGACAUCUUUACACCUUUACCUGGACAAGACAAAGCCAUCAGAACUGUGCUGACCAAGGGAGUCGCUGGCAUUGGGAAAACAGUCUCUGUGCAGAAGUUCAUUGUGGACUGGGCUGAAGAGAAAGAGAAUCAGGACAUCCAGCUCAUAUUUCCCCUUCCUUUCAGAGAGAUCAACCUGAUGAAGGACAGAACACUCAGUCUGUCAGAUCUGCUGCAAGUGUUUUUCCCUGAAACUAAAGAGAUGGAAAUAUCCAGUGAACAAUUUAAAGUGUUGUUCAUCUUUGAUGGUCUGGAUGAGUGUCGAGUGUCUCUGGACUUUAAAUGUGAUGUAAAACUGCAUGAUGUUUCUGAAUCGGCCUCAGUGGACGUGCUGCUGACGAACCUCAUAAUGGGAAAUCUGCUUCCCUCUGCUCUCAUCUGGAUCACCUCCAGACCAGCAGCAGCAGAUCUCAUUCCCUCUGAGUUUGUCCAUCGAGUGACCGAGAUUCGAGGCUUCAAUGACCCUCAGAAGGAGGAAUACUUCAGGAAGAGAAUCAGAGAUCAGUUUCUGGCCGAUAUAAUCAUCAUAAACCUGAAGUCCUCCAGGAGCCUCCACAUCAUGUGCCACAUCCCAGUGUUCUGCUGGAUCUCAGCCACGGUUCUGGAGAAGAUCUUCAGUCAAGCGCAGAGUGGAGAGAUUCCCAAGACUCUCACUCAAAUGUACACACACUUCCUGAUCAUGCAGACCAACAUCAGACAUGAGAAGGACUAUGAGGAGGAGGUCAGAGAUGAAGACAUGAUCCUCAAACUGGGGAAACUGGCUUUUGAGCAGCUUGUGAAAGGCAACCUGAUCUUCUAUGAGGAAGACCUGAGAGAGUGUGGCCUUGAUGUGACAGAAGCUUCAGUUUACUCAGGAUUGUGCACUCAGAUCUUCAGAGAGGAGUUUGGCUUCUAUCAGGGGAAAGUUUUCUGUUUUGUUCAUCUGAGCAUCCAGGAACAUCUAGCAGCUCUAUAUGCUCAUCACUCCUUAACAAACAAGAACAGAAACGUGUUUAAGCAAACAAAACCAAGUCUGUUGUCUAAGGUUUUAAACCAGAAGAAACAUGAUUCAUUAUCUGUUCUCCAUCAGAGAGCUGUGAAAGAGGCUUCACAGAGUAAGAAUGGACAUCUGGAUCUUUUCCUGCGUUUUCUUCUGGGUCUCUCAUUGGAGUCCAGUGGGACUUUGUUACGAGAACUACUGACACAGACAGGAAGCUGCUCCUACAACAAAGAGGAAACAGUUCAGUACAUCAAACAGAAGAUCAGGGAGAAUCGUUCUCCAGAGAGAUCCAUCAAUCUGUUCCACUGCCUGAAUGAACUGGGUGAAGAUUCGCUGAUGCAGGAGAUCCAGGAUUAUCUGAGCUCUGGAGAAAUAAAAGAAACUAAACUCUCCUCUUCACAGUGGUCAGCUCUGGUUUAUGUGUUGCUGACAUCAGAGAAGAAGAUGGAUUUUUUUGAUCUAAGUAAGUUUAUUGGACCCCAACUCAGAGCAGAUGUAGUUCUCCAGAAGCUGCUGCCUGUGGUGAAAGAAUCCAGAUCAGUUCGGUUGGGGGAUUGUAAAGUCACAGAUAAAGUUUGUGCUGCUCUUGCUUCAGCUCUGAGAUUAAACUCUUCACACCUGACUCAACUGGAUCUGAUUGGAAAUAAACUAGGAGACUCAGGAGUGAAGCUGCUCUCUGAUGGACUGAAGGAUCCUCACUGUAAACUGAAGAAUCUGAUGAUGAGGGAUUGUGGAGUCACAGAUGAAGGUUGUGCUGCUCUUGCUUCAGCUCUGAGGUCAAACUCUACACACCUGACUGAACUGAAUCUGAAUGAAAAUAAUCUAGGAGAUGCAGGAGUGAAGCGGCUCUCUGAUGGACUGAAGGGUCCUCACUGUAAACUGGAGAUACUGCGGUUGUGGCGGUGUGGAGUCAGAGAUGAAGGUUGUGCUGCUCUUGCCUCAGCUCUGAGCUCAAACUCCACACACCUGAAAGAAUUGGAGCUGUCUGAUAAUAAACUAGGAGACUCAGGAGUGAAGCUGCUCUCUGAUGCACUGAAGGAUCCUCACUGUAAACUGGAGAAACUGAGGUUGAACGGCUGUGGAGUCAGAGAGCAAGGCUGUGUUUCUCUGGCUUUAGCUCUGAGAUUUAACCCCUCCUCACACCUGACAGAACUGGAUCUGACUUCAAAUGAAUUAGGAAAGUCAGGAGUGAAGCUGCUCUCUGAUCUGAGGGAUGAUCCACGCUAUAAACUUAGACACUUGGCAUGUGAUAUGUUUGGAAGAAUUAUCGUAAGUUCAGGUGGAGGACGCCUUGAUGAGCUACUCCCAACCACCUCCACAGAGACCUGAAGCCACCUAUAAUUAACUAAGCAGAGAAACAGCUCUUCAUUUGUUGACGUCUAUCGGACUGAACACACCUUCAUGAACCUGUUCCUGCUCAAACACGUCACAGAGUGUAACACAUGAAAAACUGCAGAUAAUCUGUUCCUGUGUUCAACAAAUUUAAGCUCUAAGCUUCAAACCAAAUCAGUAUAUGCCCAUGUAUAUAUAUUUUAUUAUCUGUGUGUUUCUGAUUAAGCCAAUGAUGGAAACGUAUAUAUUUUAAACUACUACUAAACUACUUUCACAACUGUCCACUAAUGAAGUCUAUACGUGUAUUAGAUAUACUGACAGGGGGAUUAUGACCCCAAUAAACCAGUUACAAUCCAUUAGCAUUCAGAUCAAAAUGAAGGAGUGAAGAGAUUAUAAUCACAGAUAGAUCGAUUAGAUCAGCGGUUCUCAAACUUUCCUGAAGUUCCACCUCAGAAAAAAAUAGUCUCUCCACGUACCACAAUGAGCAGUAUGGGGUAUAUGCCGAA